GCUAAUGGCUAUCUCUUAAUGAUGUUCGUAAAUCCUAAGGGUUGAUCAUGUUCGCAUUACGUGAUCUCAUGACUAUACCGACUUCUGUUUGCCGACAUUCAGCUAUAUCGUAUUCCAGCCAAAUACGAGUUUUGAUCUUCCGUUAUGAUCCCGUAGGAUGCUACUAUACCUCCGUUUUGGGUCUUAUGUUUUGAGCCCUAUCGUGAUUCUCACCAAUGAUACGACGUCCUUUCGCCGUUAGCCGCUAGCCAUAAGCUUACCGCCACCCAACACCGAUCGAGGCUUUUAUCUCCCACGAACGUGUACGGCCACGCGACUGCCACGCUCAUCAUCCCGAUGUGCGGCCGUUGAAUCCGAGAAUGCAUGAUUGGAUAUGACGAAGCGGUGAAACGGCGCCGGCGAACUUUGAGGUAAACGACAAGGUUGGAUUGACGGUCGAUCCAUCACGACGUCUCCAUUACUAUUAUUAUAAAGGAAGGACCAAAGACGUCUUUCGCUCUUGCUAUCAUAUUACCAUCAUUAUCAUCAUCAUCCAAAAAGCGCUUGCAUAAUAAGCUCGAACUUUCCCAACCUCCAAAACCACUUCUGCCGCAACAUCGACCUUCACUUGCAAUUGAAUAACCUCUCUUUCAUCAUGAAGUUCUCCACGGUGAUCAAUUUCUUGGCGGCGACAGGUCUGGCGAUUGCUAUGCCAUCAUCUCAUCAGACCCGAUCUGUCAACGAGGUAGCUUCGCGCUUGAAGCGUGAUACUUCCGGUGGCGGCUUCACCCACGUCGGCUCUGACAACGUCGUCCGAACCUUCGACAGGGAUUUGAACGUGGUCGACUUCGCACACCUCGACGGCCGCACCCCGUCAGGAGACGCGCGGAGCCCCAGCGCCGCCGUGCUCGAGGAGGUCAAGCAGGCUAAGGCGAGAUCGGCGGCCCAGGCCUCGAAGCCGCGCUCGCGGAGCCCGCUCGAGGGGAGACAGCAGCCUAGCUGCGUCAGCGAGUUCUGCCCGGACGACGACUACUGCAAGGGUCUGUGGCUCUACGGGUACAACUGCACGUCCUGCAUGAUUGUCUCGAACAACAUCGGUAACUGCCAGCAGUUUUAGACGGCUUAAAAGGGGUUGCGUACAGGAUUUUCUAGGGGUGGAAUGUCAAUUCACCAUACUUGAGACUACAUUAGGGCAGGGUUCUAAGCGUUUUCUUUGCGUUUUUCUUCGAUCCUCUUUGUAACGUUAAAAGAUCAUGCUUAACAAUACGUGGUCUAUUAGUUCAUCUUCACCUACCUAAUUACUCCUGUCUCGGUAUGCUAUCAGAGUCAAAAUCCCAAAUCUAAAUAUCUUGGUACUUCAUAUUCUAUAACUCAUGUUUUAUUACUUUGUAGUGAGACAGGACUUAAAUAAUUGAGAUGAGAAUAUUGAAUCUAUUAUACAAGAUAUCAUCGUUGC